AUGGUUAAAUGUGGCAUACACUAUACAAACCAUGGAUCAGACCACCAAGCUAUUGAAACAGAGUUUGAUAUAUCAGUCCCGGAUCGACCUACCACUGAGAGAUUGCUCUGGAAGAACGCGCCUUGGACAGAAAUUAGAGCUAGAGUCACUACCAGCUUACAAGGGGUUCCCCUGGACGGCUCAGUCCAGCUGCAGACGGAUCGCCUGAUGAUAGCGGUCACAGAAGCAGUCUCAAAACUUACACCAAAGGCAAAACCCUCACCAUACGCGAAACGAUGGUGGACGACGGAUCUAACGCAGCUUCGCCGAUGUAUAAUCCAUGAGCUCGAACAACAAGCACAUAAAGCGGCAAAAGAAUAUCAUGAUGCAAUCCGGAAACAGAAGAAGAUACACUGGGAAGAUUUCCUUGCUAAUGAUGCAAAUAUAUGGCAGGCAACUAAAUAUCUAAAACCUAAUAGCAGCUCAUUCAGCGACAAAAUACCACCAUUGGUAAAGGCAGAUGGAUCUACUACCAAAGAUAAAGGAGAGCAGAUGAAAGAGUUGCUUGCUACAUUUUUCCCACCAUUACCGACGAGAAUAGAAGAUGAGGGAACUCGGCCACAAAGAGAGCCGAUACACAUGCCUGAUCUCACUAUGGAGGAGAUUGAACGAAAAGUCUUUGAAGCUAAGCCAUGGAAAGCACCCGGAGAGGAUGGCCUCCCAGCAAUGGUAUGGAGGCAGCUCUGGCCAGUGGUCAAAGAAAGAGUAUUCCGUAUCUUUCAGAUAUCACUUCAAGAUAGCGAUCUCCCUUCCCAAUGGAGAAAUGCUAAGAUUAUACCGCUAAAGAAGCCGGCCAAGAAAAAUUACGCGCUGGCUAAAGCAUGGAGACCAAUAUCAUUGCUCUCCACGUUGGGUAAAAUACUGGAAGCGGUCGUCGCGGAAAGGAUAUCAUACGCUGUCGAAGAGUUCGGCCUGCUGCCUAUAAACCACUUUGGAGCAAGGAAGAGGCGCUCGGCAGAACAGGCACUUCUAUUAUUGCAAGAAGAGAUCUAUAAGGCCUGGAGAAAUAGGAAGGUACUAAGCCUGGUCAGUUUUGAUGUCCAAGGGGCAUAUAAUGGAGUCUUCAAAGAGAGACUGCUGCAGAGACUCAAGGCAAGAGGAAUACCUGACCAAAUAGUUCGAUGGAUUGAUGCUUUCUGCUCAAGACGCACAGCAAACAUCCUGGUUAAUGGAUCUACAAGCGAACAACGGGAGCUACCACAGGCAGGCUUACCACAAGGAUCACCACUGUCCCCAAUACUAUUCCUGUUCUUCAAUGCGGAUUUAGUACAACACAGGAUAAGUGCCUCCGGAGGAGCAAUUGCAUUUGUGGAUGACUAUACGGCAUGGGUAUCAGGCCCAUCAGCAGAAGCAAACCGGGCUAGCAUACAAGCCAUAAUCGACAGAGCCUUGGAUUGGGAAAGACGAAGCGGGGCAACAUUUGAAUGUGAUAAAACGGCUAUAGUUCACUUCACCCGGACGGCAAGCCGUUCAAGCAGCAUACCAUUCUUGAUUAAAGGCGAAAUAGUCGAACCAAAGGAAAGUGCAAAGAUUUUAGGAAUAGUGAUGGAUUCCCAGCUACGGUUCAAGGAACACAUUGCCAAUGCUGCUACCAAAGGACUCACGGCAGCCAUGGCGCUGAGAAGGCUAAAGAUGACUUCCCCACGGUCAGCAAGACAACUAUUUAGAGCUAUAGUAGCUCUAGUGACAGACUACGCUUCUAGUGUCUGGAUGCAUGCCUGUGGAACAGUAGCAACUACUGUGGCUGAGGCAGAAGCAGGCAUCCAGCCGUUCCACAAUCGACAUAUAGAGAAAGCUAUAAAACUACAUAUCGACAUCCAAACACUACCUGAAUCAAACCCCCUAGUUAAACUAAGGACUAUCACAACCCAGAGGUUCAGGUCUCCGCUACAGAGGAUAGCUCGAGCCCUAGAGACAACAACAACAACCGAGCGGAUAGAAACUAUCCAAGCAUUCACAAUAUCACCAUGGACAGCGCGUAUACAAACGAUACACGAAAAAGACGGGGAACAGACCAUUCAAAUUGCUAAGAAGGCAAUUAGUAUCCUAAUUGCCACAAGUGCAUCUGCUAGAUCCGGAAUAGUGGGUAUAGGAGGCCAUAUAAGAGACACCCAGGCAGACAAUAAUGGAACCGACAUAUCCAGCUUCUCGAUCACCCUGGGCAAAAGGACAGAGCAGAAUCCUUAUACAGCAGAACUAGAAGCGAUGGCGGUCGCCCUAGAACGAGUCCCUCCUGGGGCAUGCUGUAGAUGGAUAUCUAUCCUUAGCAGUAAUAGAUCCGCAGUGGCAGCAAUCAGCCAACCCCGCCAGCAAUCUGGUCAAGAAACCAUCCAGCGGAUAUAUAAGCAGAUUGAGACCUUAUACCGGCGAGGAAACGUAGUAAAUGCAAUCUGGAUACUAGCACAUACAGAUAUCAACUUGAAACAACGAGCAAAAGCUGAAGCACAGAAAGCGACAGGAACAGAGCAUCUGCCGGAGAAACAACCAUCCCAAGCUAGAUCAACUACUAUCAGGCUCGCCCUUGCGGAACGGCAGCUAGAAUGGACUCUCCCAGAGAAUGUUGGUAAAUACUCAAAGGCUGUAGAUGCAGCUCUUCCAGGAAAACAUACAAGGAGCUUGUACGACAGAUUGAACCGGAAAGAGGCAAAAAUCCUGGCCCAGCUUCGGACAGGAAUGACAGGGCUCAACAGCUACUUGAAUAGGAUAGGCGCAGCAGACUCCGAUCUCUGCGCAUGUGGACAAGCAAGUGAGACAGUGGAACAUUUCCUAUUCCGCUGCACAAAAUGGACAGCGAUGAGAGAAGGCAUGAACCAAUGCACAGAGUCGAGACGAGGUAACCUGUCCUUCUUCCUAGGCGGAAAAUCACGCUCCGACCCGGAUCGAUGGCAACCAGACAUGAAGGCCGUCCAGGCAGUAAUCAAGUACGCAAUUGCAACAGGAAGAUUAGAACAGGAACCCGAAGCCGGACCUCCAUCAACAUAG